GACUACACCACGCUGACCCUGAAUUGCCACCAGCGGAACAAUUGCAUGCAGACCUUGAAUUGCCACCUGUACUUGAGUUUCGACAUGAGCGGGACCCUGGCGACGAACGACCUGAUCUUCAAUUUCCAGCCCGCUGCCCGGACCCCGACGUACGCGCCGUCGAGCUGCACCGAGGCCAGCUCCGUCUUCGACUCAUUGCUGCGUAUUUCCCACCACGGCCGAACGGAGCAGGUCAACACCAACGCUGGAAAGCAGGGUGCCGACGACUAUGGCCUAGGACGACGAUCACGACAUCUGUACACCGACAACGCGAUCGGCAGAUACCACGCCAGCGACGAGACCGAGUUCGGACGCUUCAUUCACGACCAGCUCUUGACGCACCAGCUGACGGCCAUCAACACGCACAUCGGUGUCGGAAACACCUACUACGGGCCCAACAAGGCAAGAUCACGCAUCGACUACUUCAUCGGCUACGACAACCUUAUGGAGAUAGUGAAAUAUGUUAAGCUGAAUUGGAAGAUCCACACCAA